AUGGGGACGCUGAUCGGCAUGCUCGCGCAAUCUUCUAGACCGCAAACAACGGAACUCUCGGACGCAACAGGAUCCGAAAAUGUUGAUAUACCCGCGCGGACGAUGAUCUCCGAUGAAGAGUUGAGGUCCAUCCGGGCGAUGUCGUCAAACUCCGGAAACUUUGCCGCUAAUCUUGUGCGGCGGCUAUUUCCGGAGUUAUUCACUGCCGCCAACAUCAAAAGCCUCUAUAAUUACAACGGUGGUGGCCAAAACAAAAAACAACUGUUAAGUCCAACAAGAAAGUCAGCAGUGAAACGGUAUGUUACGAGGUUCUUUCCCGAGGUUAGGGAUCCAGAGGCCUGGAAUGCGCAGUGUGUGUCAAAGAUCAAUGAAAUUCUGCGCCGUCCAGUCCGGCCACCGCGAUAA